UCUUCUCCCUCACGCCGAGGAAUCUUGGCGAGGGCAGCGGCGGCACCAGGGCGCCAUGGAGCUGGCGGGGGCGCAGCAGCAGGGGCCCGCCGGGCGGAAGAGGCUGCCCCACCGGGAACGGCCCGCGGCCGAGGACGAGGCUCUGAACCAGAUCGCUCGCGAGGCUGAAGCCAGGCUUGCAGCGAAGCGUGCAGCACGAGCUGAAGCCCGGGAAAUCCGAAUGAAGGAACUUGAGCGGCAGCAGAAAGAGAUCUAUCAAGUUCAAAAGAAAUAUUGUGGUCUGGAUGCAAAGUUUGGUGACAUCGAGCAAUGGAUGGAAGACACUGAGCGUUACAACCGUAAAUCUAGAAGAUAUGCCUCGGUUUCAGAUGAAGAUGAGCGCAUGUCAGUGGGUAGCCGUGGAAGCCUAAGGCCAUCGGAGUACAGUUACUACCUUGGCUCAGGAUCUCGGGCUUCUUCUAGAGCUAGUUCUGCUCGUGCAAGUCCAGUGGUUGAAGAAAGGCCUGAGAAAGACUUUGAGAGGGGGGUUCGUACUGUGUCAAGUUUAUCAGCGGCUACCUUGGCCUCCCUAGGUGGAACAUCUUCACGGAGAGGAAGCGGAGACACCUCCAUUUCAAUUGAUACUGAAGCAUCUAUUAGAGAAAUUAAGGACUCCCUAGCUGAAGUUGAGGAGAAAUACAAGAAGGCUAUGGUUUCAAAUGCUCAGCUAGACAAUGAGAAAACAAAUUUCAUGUAUCAAGUAGAUGCUUUAAAGGAUGCGUUGUUAGAACUGGAAGAACAGCUUGCAGAAUCCAGAAGACAAUAUGAAGAAAGAAACAAGGAUUUUGAAAGAGAAAAACAUGCUCAUGGUAUAUUGCAAUUUCAAUUUAUGGAAGUCAAAGAGGUUUUGAAGAACAGAGAAGAACUACUUGCAGAAAUCCGUCAACUGCAACAGAAACAGGAGGGCUAUAACAGGGAAAUUUCAGAUCUUCAGGAGACAAUAGAGUGGAAAGAAAAAAAGAUAGGGGCAUUAGAGAGGCAGAAAGAGUUCUUUGAUUCGAUAAGAAGUGAGCGAGAUGAUCUUAGAGAGGAGGUGAAUAUACUGAAGGAACAAUUGAAGAAGCAUGGAAUAAUACCCAGUUCAGAGGUAACUACCAAUGGAGAAACCUCUGGUGAUAGACUUUCAGAUUCUUCCACAAUUGUUCCAGUGACGAAUCAUGUUGUUAAGGUAGCUGAAGAUGGCACUCUAGGCAGAGCCAUUGAAAUGGAGAUGAAAAAUGAGAGUUUGGAGAAUGUGAGGAAAAGAGAAAUCUUGCAGAAUACUGAGCAGGAGGAACACAGAGAGGAGAAUAAGGAGAUGGAAAUUGUGCAGGAAUGUUUGGACACAAAGAAGUUGCUCGCAGAUGGAAAUGUGGAGACAGAGAAAAUCACAGAAGGCAAAGUUGUAUCAGCGCUGUCAUUAAACAGCGGACUUGAGGAACCAGCUAAAAAUCUUUCAGUGCGUGUUCCAGGAAAUGUUUGUUCCCUUAAAAAUAGUGAUGUAGCUGAAUUAAGGGGUGAAGGGGGGGUAUUGGGUAAUACACCAGAAGUGAAGGAGGCUAAUGCUGAAAACAUUGAACAUGGAAGUGUUGUAAAUAAAAGUGAUAAUCAAAAUAACAUAGCAGAUCCAUGUAUUGAUGCUAAUCAGGAAACAAAUAUAGUGUCAGAAGUACUCUCCCAACCACUGAAUAAAGAAAAGCAGAAAGAUGUUUUAGUUGACGAGCCAGGGACCAAUAAUAACGAAGCGUUUGAGCAAACUUUAGAUUUUGUGACUAAGAACCCCAUGGAAAUAUCCAGUCCAUUAGAACCACUGAAUAAAGAAAAGCAGAAAGAUGUUUUAGUUGACGAGCCAGGGACCAAUAAUAACGAAGCGUUUGAGCAAACUUUAGAUUUUGUGACUAAGAACCCCAUGGAAACAUUCAGUCCAUUAGAACCACUGAAUAAAGAAAAGCAGAAAGAUGUUUUAGUUGACGAGCCAGGGACCAAUAAUAACGAAGCAUUUGAGCAAACUUUAGUUUUUGUGACUAAGAACCCCAUGGAAACAUCCAGUCCAUUAGAACCACUGAAUAAAGAAAAGCAGAAAGAUAUUUUAGUUGACGAGCCAGGGACCAAUAAUAAUGAAGCAUUUGAGCAAACUUUAGAUUUUGUGACUAAGAACCCCAUGGAAACAUCCAGUCCAUUAGAACCACUGAAUGAAGAAAAGCAGAAAGAUAUUUUAGUUGACGAGCCAGGGACCAAUAAUAAUGAAGCAUUUGAGCAAACUUUAGAUUUUGUGACUAAGAACCCCAUGGAAACAUCCAAUCUGUUAGAAUCACCGAUAUCAGCAGAUGACACUUCUACAAACACACCAAGGCCUAAUGAUGAACACCCAUGUGAUGCCAGAGAAAGUACAGAAAACAAGAGUGAUUUGGAGAGAGAGCUUGCUGAAGGUGAAGGAAGUUUCGAACUAACUGAUAACGCUGAAUGGAAUAAAAAGAAUACCAAUAAAGCUAAAGAAAAGAAUGUUACAGAAAAUGAUGUCCUCCAGCAGGAAACCAAAGAAAUAGCUCCAUCAGCAGAGAAGGGAGAAACACUGUGUACCAGUGAAAAUGUACAAGCUGAGUUUGUGGAGGAACAAAAACAAGUUAAAAUGGAGGAAUCCCAGUCCAUGUCUUUAAAACAUGAUUUGUUGGUUGAAGAGGAACAAAAUGAGCAAGAAGCAAGAGAAAGUGAAAUUAAUACUGGGAAGAGUCAAGCUAAAAAGACAAAAGAAGGAGAAGCAUUGUUGGGAGCACUGGAUGCUGAUUCUGAGAAGAAUGAGCAACAUACCACAAAAGAGAAAAUCACUGAAGAAACUGUUGUAGAAAGUGCACACUUUACAGAAAAAGCUGUUGUAGAUAGUGUGCCACAAAGUGAAUGCCUGGUCCAUGACGAAAGAAUAUUAGAGGAUGACAGGGAGAUAAAAUCUGAAUUCAUACCUGAUGGCAAAACACAGGCAGAUAUCUCCGCUGCUCAUGAAGAACUUGCCAAAGAAGAUCAUGGAGAAGACAUUCCAACACAAGUUAAAUAUGAGCCUACAGGAGAGCAGUGUGCAGAAGAACAAGAAGUUGAAAUUAUUCAGGAGCCAGCUAUAAUUACAAUUACGGAGCAUACUGAAGAAGCAGCCCAAGGGAACAAAGUGGAUGAGAAUCCCAGAAAGGCAGAGGACAUGCAUGAUACUGUGCCAGACAUCCGGGAUGCUUUUUGCGUUGAGUCACGAAAGGCUGACUUCAGUGUUCGAGAAGAAAAGCCCGAGAGUGAAGAUGAAGAUGCUACAGAAGAAUAUCAUGAAGCAAUUGAUUUUAACGAGCCCCCUUCUGGAGAAUUUAAUACUGCUGACAGGAAUGUAAACGAAGGUGAUGAAGAGGAGAAAAAUAAUCAAACAGAAGAGACAGGUGGAGCUGCAGAAGAGGCAACGCAGAAUGUGCUCAGAGAUGAUUAUGACAAUGAGGACAAGGAUAAAGAACAUGUUGCAGAAGAUGAUAACGAGCAAACCUAUCAAAGCUCUAUGAACAAGGUGAUAAAUGAGAGUAUAUUGACGGAAGGUGAUGAGAACAUUCAAGAAGAGAAUCAAAAGGAAUCCGAAAAAGCGGAGCAUUUGCAAAUGGAUCCUUCCAUUGCUGUGUCCACAAAGGCACCAUGUGAAAUGUUGUCUGGCACAAAUGGAAAUUUGUUAGAUGAAACCAACACAAAAGAAAUUGCAGAGCAGCAAAAAAACCUAGGAAGAAGAGUAGAUGAAAGCCAAGAGGAAGCCCAAGUGACUAGGAAGGGUAAAGGUAAAUCUCGGGAAGACUGUGUAAUAUCGUAAUCUCAGAAGCUGGGUUGUUGUUGCAUGUUACAUACUAGAUAAGUUUCAGGGUGAAAAAUGACUUUUGUGCAAUAAACCAAAGAAAACUUUUCUUACUUCUGCUUCUUUAAAAAGGAAGAAUUUCAUUGUGAACUGAUUUAAUAUAAAUACAUUUAUGAAGCUCUUUUCCUAUAGCAAUUAUGAAUGUAUUGAAGAUUUUCUUUAAUUCUCAGGUUUAAUGAUCAUUUAUCAUAACAGUACAAAUCUAUCAAUCAUGUUAAUUUUUAGUGAAGUGAUUUUAAUCACAUCAAGAGUACACACCAUGUUUUUAUCUUUUCAGUAUUUGAAUGAAAGCUUCAAUGUUCUUAGAACCUGAUCACCUUUCAGUAUAAGUUAGCAAUAAGAUGUCAGACAAAUUUAUAUUUGAUUCCUGUCAUUGUAAUGUACAGUACUUUCAUUAUCCUUAAAAAGCAACGGGUAAUUUGUUUUAAAGAUGAACAUUGUUCGGUUUUAAUAUUAACACAUUCUAAAUUACUACCAUACUGUGUUGACAAAAUAUGGUUAAAAUCCUUCGGUGAACAGAAGGGUACCUUUGGAUCCAGACCAUUCGCUUUAGCUAUUUUGCACUGAAUCAAGCUUUUAUCUUCUUGAAUGCGUCCAGUUCACACUGUAUUUAGCCUUUUUAUCAACUAACAUUUGUUGCAACGUAUUUCUAUCUGUGCCCUCCCCAAACACUGUACAGAAAUGUUUUCUUACAUGUAUUACUUUCCCCCUUUACCAUUUGCUGGAAUGCAGGCAAAUGCGAAGUUCUCCUUGAAUACCUUAAUCAUUAUUUAAAACCAAAAAAAGAAAAGAUAGUGACUACUGCUUCUUUAUUUACAAAACUAUUACAUAGUAUACUUUUUGAAUAAAAUAAAUAUACAUUUCUAAUUCAUCUCUCUGUGCCUUCUUUCUAAAUAUACACCAACUAGGAGGGUUUUGAUUGUAUAACUCAACAUUUUUUAUUUCGUUUCAAGCUAUUAAAAUCAAAGGAAGGUGCAAACUAUAGAGCUGUAGUACGCUAAGCAUGCAACAGAUGUAUGUGUUCUGUGAAACAAGAAAAAGUACAAAAAGAAAAUGCAAAAUGUAUAUCCCAUGUGUUGAGCUGAAUAUAAUGGAAUAAAUGCUUUAUACUUAAAAUUUGCCCACUCUUUGCAAAGCCAUUUAUAAUUAAAUUGAUACUGUUCCUAAUGUGCUUAUAACACUCUGGUAUCUUGCUGCUUCUAGGUAUCCCUGUUGGUUGGUUUCUUAGAUUUGGCAGUUGGUCACAAAAGUUAAUUUGCUUCUUUAUGCAAAUAGGACUAGGAUGCGUUAAACUUCCUCUUGAGCCAAGAGGAAAGGUGGGAUAUAAAUAUUUUAAUAAAUAACUUUAACAUAAUUAUAUAUCUACCUACUACAAAAUAGGCAAAGUGACUGUAAACAUAUAACUUGCUAACUGCUAUUUCAACUAAUUAUGCGAGUUAUCUUUUAAAGAUUUAUUUAGUAAUAAUUUUAAGGAAUGUGUUGAAUCAAGCUGUUCGUUCCUGCUGCUGAUUCCUUCCUAGGAUUGCCAGGUCACCUGGGGUCCAAACUGGGGGAUGGGGGACAGGUGUCUUGGGGGCCCCUGCAUGGGGGCAUUUUCCUUAGAAUCAGAAAAUUUUAAGGAAAAUACUCCCACAUGGGGGCCUUCCUUUGAUUGUUGUGCCAGGAAUGAUGUCACUCCUGGUGCAACAAUAAAGGCUUCAGAAUGUGCAGAAGUGUGCUCCAGAGCUCCCCAGCCCAUUCCCCGCACCCCGCCAGCCAGGUAGAAGGCAAUGAGGAGCAGAGGCUGAGGAUGGAGAAUCCCUCAAUCCCACUGGGGGACUGUGAACCCUAAUGCUUCCUAUAAAAUUGCUUUCUGGUGGGUUAGAGCCAGUGAUCCAUAGAUGCAAGAAUUGCAGAUUUUUCCCUAUUCUCCUUUCCAGCUAUAGGAAACCUUUUAGCCAUGCAGGUCUGGAGUCUACAGUGGAAAGGAAGAAGACAACAAAAUCAUUCUUUCUGCCUAUUUCAUCAGUAUCAUUACGAUGAUAGGAAAAAAAUGAAAUCCGUCCCUCAAGUCAGAAUUGACUUAUGGCGACCCCUGGAGUUUUCAUGGCAAGAGACUAACCCAGGUGGUUUGCCAUUGCCUGCCUCUGCAAACCUGGUUUUCGUUGGAGGUCUCCCAUCCAAUUACUAACCACGGCUGACCUGCUUAGCUUCUGAGAUCUGACGAGAUCAGGCUCUCCUGGCCUGUCCAGGUCAGGGCUACAGUGAUGGGAGAAGAGGGCAAUUUCUCCCCUGCUUCAUUGCAUUUCCCAAUUCACAUGGCUGUUAGUGAUCAGAAGCCCAGCUGAUUUCCCUUCUCUUUUCUCUGCCCCAAGUUCAGGCUGCAGAGGGAAGGAGAGAAACGAGCUCUUUCUCCCUUCUCUUUUGCAGAAUAGACAUUAAAAACAUUGCAUCUGUCCCGGUUCAACUUGGAGGGGAAGGAAGAGAAAUGAGUUAUUUCACCUCUCCCUUUUGCAACUAUUGCUAUUACAGCAAUUUUGCUGGGGGAGAGUUGAAACUGAACCUGUCUCCUAGCUGAUCCCCUGAUUAGCUGCGAAUCAGCUACUGGCCAACAGGUAGUGUAAGUUGCUUGAUUCAAUCCAAACCUAUUCUUGAUUGGCUCAGGCUUACAGACCGAUCAUGAGUGUCAAAUAGGUUAAGAUCAAGUGCCAAAUAGGUUGGUUGAGAAAUUUGUGGCAUCCCUAAUCUUGAUACCACUUGAUCAAAAAUGGAGUCUCACAGCCUAUAGACAUGAUUGUUUAAUUUGUCAAGCUAUAGUUAAAUUGCAAUAUUUUACAAAAUCUCACUUGAAUUGCAAUUUCAUAAAUCAUUUGAGCUGCUAUUGCUUGCUGUACUACAAAGAGCAAACUUGAUAUUUGAGAAGCUUUCAACCUGAAGUAAACUAGCCAAGGUCUACUAAUAUCUCGUUAAUACUAAUAUCCUGUUAAUUCUAAACAGAAGUUAGGAGUUCAGGCCUUAUGUCUUCAUAACACGGAAACAGUGCUCCAUUUAUAGGGAUAUAGGCUGAUAGUUUGAGAUUAUCCAGUGCUGGCCUUCAUGUGCUAACAUUAGAUGAGAUGAGGUUGGUGAGCGUGUGUGCCAUCUCAGCUGCAGCACCAAGCUUUAGAUUUUUUUCCUGCGCAGGCCUAACCAGCCAGCUCGUCAGUAUCCUUCUGAAAGUCAAUAAAGAAUCACAGACCAGUCUAUUCUGGGGAGGGGGCUUUGAAGGGGGCUAGAUACCAAUAUGCCAUUUUUAUGGACGGCUUUUUAUUCUGUAGCUUGUAUUUAUUCUGUUUUUAUUGCUUCUGAGUCUUUUAUGUAUCAUGGCUGUACCUUUUUAAAUGUUAAUUUGGAAUAUUUUUUUUACUUAUGGAUUCUUUGAUACUUUAUGCUCAUUUAUAUGGUUUUGUUAUCGUUUUGUCAUUGUUGUUUAUUAACUGUGUUCAUCAGUUUCUUGUUUUAAUGUUGUAAACUGUUCUGAAUAUUUUGUAGAAGAAGAAAAGUAAUCUAAUGAAUAAAUUAACUAAACACAUAUAGCUAUAUCUACUCAAUAGUCCUAAUAGAAUGAGAUUCCUUGUGGUUGCUGGUUACCUUCUGUGCGAAGGACAAUUAUUGGUUUCCAGAGAAAUGCAUAAGAAGCUCUUUGCAUACUUCUUUUUGAACAUUAAUCAUCUUCUGCAAUAUUCUAUUAAAUAUCCUGUCGACUUGCGAAAGGUACUCGCAUGUGGUGAGGUAUGAGAGCCAAGUGACCGAGGAAGGGGAGCUGGUGAUCAGGAUAUAUAAAACGAAGGGGGGAAGCUUGUUUCUUAGUUCUGAAGUAAUGCUGACAGCAUUUAAGAUGUAUGUUUAGUCUGAACACAUGAAAUGUAAUGAUGACUGUUGUAUGACACAAUGAACUUCCUCUGUAUUUGAAAAAAAAAAUUCCAAAGCCACCCACUGGAACUUAAUAAAUACCAAAUGACCAAAUUGUUUCUGGGAAGCCUGUAAUAAAGAGUGAUUGAAUUUUCAA